AUGGCCAAGAAGGUCAAUUGGAAAGACGUUGCGCCUGCAAAAGGCUCAGCCAUUCUAUCGCCUGCUUUUGUUGCUUCGGACUCCGAGAACAUGGUUUUCACAUCAGGUUGUGUGGGGACCGACCCUGUUACUCAGGAGCUCCCAGAUAGCCUGGAACAACAAACUAGAAACGCUCUUGAAAACCUCAAUAACGUCUUAAAGGCUAGUGGCUCUUCGCUGGGACAGGUGGUGAAAGUACUAUUGUUCGUGGCUGACAAGUCGUACGCCCCAGUGGUCAAUAAAGUAUACCAAGAAUUUGUUCCUCAUGCUCCAGCCCGUUCGUGCAUUGUGGUCAGCUUCCCCAACGAUAAGUUGAAAGUGGAGCUGGAAUGUGUGGCUACCGCGGUUCCAUCCAGGAAGAGAUGGUUCAAACUGUGA